AUGGCGUUUGCUGGGACAAAUGUCAGUUUGUCCCAGCCGGAUAUAACGCAAAAACUGACGGAGCGCAUAGAUGAUCUGAAGCAGAGAAUCGCUGCUUGGGGAAAGCGGAUUCGGCGAUAUACCGAGAGGUCGACACGGUUCAACCAGAAUCGUCUCUUCCAGAGUGAUCAGAAGAGGCUCUAUGAAUCAUUAGAGCGACCAAUGGUAAGUGGAACGGGUCCAGCACCGAAUCAGGCCGACACUGAAGCAUUCUGGCGCGGCCUGUGGUCAGAGCCCGUAAACCAGAACGAGCGCCUUUGGACGGAAGUUGAGGCGAGUCAGUGUGCGGGUAUUACGCCCAUGGACCCCGUCAUCAUAACGCCGGAUGACGUAGCUGAGGUGGUCCGUAGGAGCCCGAACUGGAAAAGUCCGGGGCUUGACGGGCUGCAUCACUACUGGGUGAAGGGGUUCAUG